ACAAAACUCUGUUUUACCCAUCAAAGACCACCUUUAAAAGCCACAAAUACAAUUUAGCCUCGCCGGGAAAUGGAGCAACAAUCAGAACCGAACCGCCGCGAUUCAGCUGACGCGACUAGCUCGUCGUCAUCCACCGUCGUAGAUGGUCACGGAGGCGGCGGAGAAGCAAUGGCUCGAGGCUUAUCAGCGAUGCUAGAGUCCGUCAUUAAGGACUUCGACUCUCAAGCCCUUGAUACGCUCAAUAGCCAAGACCAACUCUCCGGUUCCCUCGAUCGCUUAGUCCAAGAGCUUGAUCAAUUGCUGGAGAACGCUCCAUUGCCGUUUAUAGUACAACACGCAUCGAGAAUCUCCAGCGUGAAACAAAGAGUUUCAUCUCUGAAUCUGGUGCUCAAAUCUAUACAACGCCGUAUUGAUAAUAUCGAUCAGAUGCUCUCUGCCAACAUCAAUCCAGAGAAGACAACCUUGGAAAAUACAUCAUCAUGACCAAACACGGGUCACUCUCUGUUACACGCUGUUUCCCUUUCUCUGCUUACUGCUUCGGUUUUGAGAACAAAAAAAAGCAAAAGAGUUGAUGAGUGUGUAACAAACAAGUGUUUGCUAUACGAAACGAUGGCGUUUGGUGUUAUUAGGCUUUUUUAGCGGGCCUUUAUCUGAUCGGGUCAUUUUAUAUAUAUUUAUUUUAAAAUAUAUUAUUAAGUAAAAAAAAACAAACCAAAAUAAUUGUAUCGUUCCAAGAAUCCAAACUCUAAUUCAGUGAACCUUGGUCCAUCAAAUCAAUCAUGUAAAUCAGAAUUUUUAAGUGAAUAUG